UUCAAGUCACGUAAAGAAAACAAAAUUAAUCAAAACAAAAUAAACGGCCGCUGGAAAGCAAAAACUAAUACGUGUGCUGUUUGAUAACAACAGUAUUAAAACUUUUUGAAUAUUUUUGCAACUGUGCAAAUGUAGUUCCCUUAUCAGCUGGUCCAUGGUAUUAACUUUUUAGCGGAAAGGAUUCUUGAGAACCAUGGAACGUAACUCGGUGCAAACGGUGACGCUGAUGAACAGUAUUAUUGGUGUGGGAAUCCUUUCCAUGCCGUUCUGCUUCCAAAAGUGUGGAAUCAUUCUGUCUUUGAUUCUUUUAUUGUUAAGCGCGUACAUCACAAAACUCAUUUGUGGCUACAUGAUCAAAUCCGCAAUUAUUUCUAGACGGAAAAACUUUGAACAGAUUGCAUUCUGCGCAUUCGGAUCCUAUGGAAAAUUGUUGGUAGAGCUAUGUGUCGUUGGCUACUUAUUGGGUACCUGUGUAGCUUAUUUCGUCGUCGUGGGAGAUCUUGGUCCCCAGAUAGCAGCUAAAAUCCUAUCCAUGAACGAAAGCAGCACUUUGCGAUCCUGGGUGAUGAUCGUUGUGACCGUGGUUUGCAUUGUUCCUCUGGGAUUGCUUCGAAACGUUGAUAGCUUGGCAACGGUUUGUACCGCUUCGCUCGGAUUCUACCUUUGUCUGGCACUCAAGGUGGUGGCUGAGUCUAGUGAGCAAAUCAGUAAACCCGGAUGGUUUGAUAAUCUGGCCCUAUGGAGGACGGAAGGGAUUCUCCAGUGUUUACCAAUUUUCAGCAUGGCGCUGUCGUGUCAAAUGCAACUGUUUGAAAUAUACGCCACAAUGCCAACCACUUCACUGGACAAAAUGAACCGAGUGGUCCAACGCUCAACAAAUUUCUGUGCCUGUAUUUACAGUCUGAUUGGAUUUUUCGGAUAUGUUGCCUUCAAUGGGCAUCAUUUUUCGGGCAACAUUUUGGUCAACUUCUCGCCGUCGUUUGUCUCGGAUAUCAUCAAAAUCGGUUUCGUGCUAUCAGUUGCCUUCAGCUUUCCACUUGCAAUUUUCCCCUGCCGCGUCAGCUUAUACUCGUUGCUCUACAAACGAUCGCACUCCGAUACUCACUUUUACAUUCCCGAGUCCAAAUUCCGUCCGCUGACGCUAUUGAUUGUGGGAGCAGCAUUGAUACUAGGACUAUUGAUUCCUUCGAUUGAGGUAGUAAUUGGACUGGUCGGAUCAACGAUUGGAGUGGCGAUUUGUAUUAUCAUUCCGGCAGCCUGUUAUAUGCAUAUUUGCAGGACCAAUAUAUCCGAGAAACAGUUGGCGCAGGUCAUGAUUGUAUUCGGUUUCCUGAUAAUGGUGCUUGGUACAUACGCGAAUUUAGAUGCCAUUGAUCGUGUUCCAGUGGAAAAGUAUGAAGGUGUUAUCGAGAAAAAAAUAACACCUCUGCCAGUAAUUGUAGUGGAUCGACCUGUUGAGAAUGUGGACGAGAAAAUUGAGGAAUUGAAACCAAAGCAGGAACUAAUACAAGAAGUGAAGGAGGUGCCAUUGGUUACUGAAAAGAUUGUGUCCAAAAAUGAGGUGCCAGCAAUAGCGCAAAGUAUAAAACAAGGAGAAGCUGUCACUGUGAUGAUUGAGAAAGUAAUUCCUCCCCCCGAAUCACCACCAAUCGAGAAGAAGCCUGAUGGCAAAACAGAUACAGUCAAUCUGGACGCGAUACUGAAGGAGGAGAAAGAGAUUGCCGUCGAGGAGAAAGAUAAGAUCCAGAAGGAAAUUAUAGAACUGCAAAGUGCAAAGAAGGAGCUGGAAGCUCAGGUUCAAAAUAUCAAAGAACAGUUGGUGAAAAAGAAUGAAGAAACCCAACAAUUGGUGCUGAAGAAGUUCGAUGAAAUUGCGGAGAAAAUCGAUCAGAAAGCUUCCAAAGAGAAAGAAGUUUCUACAAAUACUGCCAAACCGAUGAUAGAAGCGUCGCAGAGCGACGGAAAGGUAUUGGGACCGUCUGACGUUAAGAAAGAUCCGAUUGUUCGAAUGCUGACUGAGCAAGGAAAACUGAAUGCCAAACCAAAUGACACCAUUGUUCAAAACGUGGAGAAGAGGUUUGAAAUUAAACAGAAGAUAACUUCUCAAGCAGUUGAAGUGAAACUAUCCGAUAAUACAACGAACAACGAGACAGAUUUGAAGACUGAUCAGCAAAGAUUGAAUGAAAAUGUGAAAACUUCAACAGCUACUCCCGUUGCGUUGGCAGCGGAAAAGAAAGAAGAAAAGGCGGAACCACUUCCGCCACUUCCAAUAGAACAGGAAAAAGAACCGGAGGUGUUGAACCUAGUUAAUCCAAUAGAGAAACAGCGGGAAGGGGAGACAAACGUAAAAAAAGAUGAAGAUGCGGGCUCCCAACGAGAUUUGCUUUCCGUGAGGAAUAAAAGAAACACAUUCAAAUACAAAACGGAAGAUUCUGUUUUAGAUUCCACUUCAGAUGAGAAGGAUGAAAAUUGUAAUAAAAAGACUGGCCAGGAACAUUCGGACAACGGUGGGGGAGACAGACUCGAGCAGCAGUUCCAGAAGAAUCACCAAAUCAUUGAGGAUAUAAUAGGGAAAGAUAAGCUCUUGAAUAUGAUAAGGAGUGAUGUGUUGAUGGAUGAGAGUAAAUUAUUCAAGAAAUAAAUGUGUAUUUUAUUUUUUAA